CUCGAAAUGCAUGUAUUCUGAGUUGGCAACUACGAGACCUGCUUGAUCAAAAGAAUUGCAAAAGUCUGUUUUCAAGUUACAUGUAGCUGGGGAGAUUAGAACUUUACACAGGCCGAGUUAGACACGGAACACAAGGGUUAGGAUGUUUUAUGUGAGAUAUUGUAGUGUGUUAUUUGAAUGCCAUGAUUGAUUUUAUUACGAAUCAGCAGGUAAUAAAAUGGUUGAUUUUGUGCGGAAGUGUCCCUGUCUUAAACCCCAGAUAGAGGACGACAUCACCACAUUAGAUUACAGACAUUGUAGUCUAGCAGACGUUCCGAGCGAAGUUUUUAAUUUUGAAAGAACUUUAGAAGAACUUCUGACAGAUUCAAAUCAGAUUCGAGAUUUGCCCAGGGAGUUAUUUUAUUGUCAUGGUAUCAGAAAGUUAAGUAUCAGUGAUAAUGAAAUCAUCAACAUUCCACCAGCUAUAUCUAGUCUUAUUAAUCUAGAAGAAUUAAAUUUUAGCAAAAACGGUAUAAUAGAUGUACCAGAUACAAUAAAACAAUGUAAAUUAUUAUCUGUAAUCGAUGCCAGUGUUAAUCCUCUUGGAAAAUUACCAGAUGGAUUUACGCAACUACAGAAUCUGACGCAUCUUUUCCUGAAUGAUACAUUCUUAGAUUAUUUACCUGGUAGUUUCGGCAGGUUAACGAAGUUGAGAAUAUUUGAAAUUCGAGAGAACCAUUUGAAAACUUUACCCCAAUCAUUCGGUCGUCUGGUUGAACUAGAGAGGUUAGAUAUUGGUAAUAAUGAAUUUACAGAACUGCCUGAAUGUAUUGGUAAUCUUGUGAAAUUAUCUGAGUUAUGGUGUGAUACAAACCAAAUUAAGGUUAUACCCUGUGGAAUUGGUAAUCUGAAAGAACUGAUGUUUUUAGAUGCUUCAAAAAAUAAAAUUCAUUCCGUCCCUACUGAAAUAGAAGGCUGUGUUUCAUUGGCUGAUAUUCACCUGACAGCCAAUAGAAUACAAGAACUCCCAGAAUCUCUAGGUAAUCUGAAUAAUUUAACGACACUUAAAAUAGAUGAUAAUCACCUGACCAGUUUACCUAAAUCUAUUGGAGGAUUAACAUCGCUAUCAGAACUAAAUGUCAGUACCAAUGAUCUCGAGUUGUUGCCUGCAAGUAUUGGAUUUCUGAGAAAUCUGAGAACUUUUUAUGCUGAUGAAAAUCUGAUUGAAGUUCUUCCACCAGAGCUCGGAAGUUGUAAUGGUUUAACAGUUUUGUCACUACGUGGAAAUAAAUUAACUUAUAUUCCUGACGAACUUGGACGAAUUCCAAAAUUACGAGUGCUCAAUCUCAGUGAUAAUUCCCUGAAAUAUCUUCCAUUCUCUGUGGUCAAAUUAAAAGAACUGCAGGCUUUAUGGUUAACUGAGAAUCAGACGAAGCCGUUAAUACCUCUACAAUCAGAACAUGAAGCAGAAACAGGACGUAAAAUAUUAACGUGUUAUCUUCUGCCACAACAACCAGGAAACUAUCAGGAUGAAAGAGAUGGUGAUACAGACAGUUUUCAUCCUUCAAUCUGGGAGGAAGAACGAAGACGACGUCAAAAGAUACAUUUUGAAUUCGGUGACGAUGUACCUGAAAAUGAGCGAUUAGUUCGCUGUCCAACACCGUACCCAAAAGAUUUACGAGAAAAGGCGAGACACGCUCGUAAUCUCAUGCAACGUCAAACCAAGUCUGAUAAGGAUCAUUACGAAGGCAGAGAAAAUUACGGAUAUGAACCAGAGGGUUCUACUAAUUCACCGAUUCUUGGCCGAGAAAAUAAACCUGUUUCACCAUCUCUCCGUGAAACUCAUAGAUUGUAUCGAUAUGAUAAGGAGAAGUUUAUGAAAGACAAAGCUAGGAUACAUUAUCAUGAAAAAAAUGAAGCGGAGGAAAGUGUUUUAAAAUCACCAAAACCAAAGCGCCAUGGUUUAGAGGGUAGAAUGCAUAAGAAAGGUCUGGGUGAACAUCCAUCUAACAGAAGUAGACGUCCAGGUUCUAAUCCUGAUAUACCCACAUCUGUGAUAGAAACGAACAAUGUUGCUGGCACUAAACCAGAUUACGAUUCCGCUAAAUGGAAGGUUGAUGCCUUGAACUAUAAACAAUUGGUGUUCCAUCAUCAUCAUAAAGGUCAUCACAAUCGUAGGAUGCGCGAGUACGAUUCUGAUACCGGUUACCGUAGUGAUCAGGAUGUUGUGAGAUUCCGUAAACAGUAUUUAAACGACGAUAGGGCCAAUGUGUACGACAUGAAUACCAAAACUUUACCUCAUUCUACGCAUCAUUCGUCCAAUCAACAGAAAGCUAAAAGAGAUAAUGGUUACACAAGUGAUUUAGAUGCUUAUGUCAGUCAAACUCGUAACGCAGCCUACAAACAUAUCUCGCUAUCGCAACAGUUUGGAGCUCAUAGUGUGCCGUAUGAUCUUCACGAACGAUCACAAGAACUUCGCAGUGAUUUCCCAAGUAGUGCUAGUAAUACCCAACGAAGAUCUGAUUAUGGUAGUGCCAAAAACUAUGAAUAUAUUCAAAAUCUUGGCAACCAUGGGAAUCAGUAUCAGGAAAAUCCACGAACCGAGAGUAUUUCCGAUCCGAAUCGCAAUGUGUCUCUGUCAAAAGGUGAUCUAUCAGUAAGUCGCGAAGUGAACUCAAUUACCGUUUUGCCUAGUCCCUCCCCAAGUUUAUUUCAACGAAGUCGAUUCAUUGAUCAGAGCACGCCUGUUUGUGCAGAUCCAGCACAAGAUGGCCGCCUCUCUAUAUCUAGCAGCGAAGAAAAUAAUAAUGCUAAAGAUUGGAAGAGAGAACUUUAUACUGUGCUGGAAGAGAAUAUGGCCAGGGCAGCAUCUAAUCCUAAAUUAAAUUAUUCUAGUCAGAGCAUAGAAAGUGCUUCACAUCCUCCAGCAUACCAGCCAGCUCCGCCAUACUAUAGAUCACCAUCUGUUAGUGAAAGAGAUCAUCUGGAUUCACCGAGAAGUCAAAGCUCUUCGAGAGCUGGCAGCUCUGAUCGAGUUUCAGAUCACAGUUUACAGAAAAGACUGUCGGAUCCCAGUGUUGAUCCAAGAUGUGGCGUUGGAGAACUGGGCAUAUCAACUCUUCCACGGACGAGGCGUAGCGGAUCGAGAGAAAUGAUAGACCGUGAUUUACAGCCGUCACCUAGAGAAAGAUCGCGAUCACAAACUCUAGAAACUAGUGAUAGUCAUCCGUUCUCCGGUGUUUAUGAUCAGAAUGGGUCGGCAAUCGGAUCGGUGAUGAGUCGUUAUGACGAUAUAGCCAUGUUUAAAAGUGAUCCGUCCUCCCAGGUAUCAAGUUCAACUGAUAGUGGUUACGGCCACGGACAUCAUACGUACGAAAGAGUUGGUGAAUUUUCGAAUAAAUACUCAGGUUUAAACAGUUCCCCAUCACCCCAGUCACAUGCUACAGUUAGUAGAAAUAGUUCUUCAUCUAGAGAAUAUCUUCAUUCAAGGGAAACAACUCCCACUGAAUCAACAGGUGCUUCAUAUAACAAGAUUAUGUAUGUUGAUGACUCGAGUAUCGAUACAAAAGAUGUGUUUCAGGUACAAAUUAGUAAAAACCCUGGUUUAGGAUUUAGUAUUGCUGGAGGUAGUGAUUCCCAUGGUAACCCAUUCCGUCCAGAUGAUAUGGGUAUUUUUGUUACUAAAGUUCAAUCUAAUGGUCCCGCAAAACAUACGUUACGCAGAGGUGAUAAAAUAUUAAAGGUGAAUGGAACAGAUUUUACGAGUAUAGAUCAUAAUAGAGCUGUUUCAUACCUUAAAAAUAAUACAACUGUCUGUUUAUUAGUGGAGAGAAUACAGAAAGUUAAUUUAGUUUAAUUAAUAUCAUGUGCUUCUACAGACCUGUGAUAACUGUCGAUUUACGCAGGAGUCCACCGAUAUUUCCCCACCUCUUCUUGGAAUCGACCAAAUAUUUCUGUGUUGGUCAUAGAGUUAAAGUGUACAUCAAGCAACCAUCUAAAACUGUUGAUCCUGUAAAACCACUCGUGCAUAACAAAUAGAUCAUUAUAAAACAGAAUCAUACAGAAAUAUAUUUAUUAAUUCAUACUUUACUGAUUUUCUGUGCUGUGGCUAUCACAGGUCUGGCUUCUACUUUCAUUUUAAAAUAUUAUCACAGGCUAGUCAGUUGAUCAUUUCAAGGCUGUCACAAGGGAGACAACUUUAAUAACUUCUCAUCAAUGAUUUGUCUAAAGAUUGAUAUAGCAUGUGCCAUAAUUAUAAUAAAAACAGUGAGAGAUUGGGUGGAUGUUUAUCCUAGGCCACAUAAAAAAAUAUUAUGGUUCUCAGAUACUGCGGGCAGGGAAGGUUGGAUGGUCGAGCGAUCUAAUGCAUGCACUGUAGAUCAUAAAAGCUGUCAUUGAGUCAAGUGGCGUGGUUUCGUGCCCAAGCCUGUACGUGACAUCAUGGGUUUUUUUUUUAGGUCCUCUGAUUUUCUUCCGCUACUAAAGAACCUUACGCUAAAGCAACUUAUUGAAUUAAAAUUGAACCGUGUGGUUAAGGUAACCUAUAAAAUUGAACCGAAUGUUAAGGUAACCUAUAAAGAAAUGUAAUGUUUGUGUUAAGUUACCUAUUCACAAAAAACAGUAUGUGUAAUGACAUUUUGGGAAUCAUGGCGUAUUUAUUUGUGUGGGGGGCAGGAUUGUGUGAACCAGAUUUUUUUUUUACAUUUGGCCUUAUUUUAAGUUUAUGCUUUUUAUGAAGUUUUUCAACAUAUUCUAGUUGCAAUCAAUAAUGAAGUUAUCUUUACUAUUUUUCAAUCUGUUCUGUGUGUUUUCAAAUGAAAUUGUUGUUGAAUUGAGAUUGGAGAAUAAAUUUUGAAGUCAUUC